ACAUCAUUCGCGUCGCGUCGCAACUUUUGAUCACGCCGAGAAACGUAGUGCGGCAGAGUUCAAGGUCACUCGUGUUGUGUUUCAAAAAAUCGCAAUGGAAUCGCUUUCGCGAACCCUACAACCGUACAAGGAACUGGUGGGCAACGUGGCCGGCCUUGUGACCGUACUGCAGAUGUUCAGCGGAUGUUUCGUGUGCAACGACAUCCGGAAGAAGGGUUCCUCGGAUGGAUUUUCGCCCAUGCCGUUCAUCGGCGGGUGUGGACUAACCAUUCUCUUCUCGCAGCAUGCCCUCCUGAUGAACGAUCUAGCCAUGAUACGAGCCAAUGUGGUCGGUUUCGUGAUCAGUAUUGUUUACGCCGGGUUCUAUUAUUUCUAUACGCCUAAGCAAAGCCGGAACCAGUUCUGGAAACAGGUUGGAAUGACGGUUGCAAUCACGACGUCGCUGUUGGCUUAUGCGCAAUGGGAGGAUCCCGCGUUGGUGGAAGAUCGCUUCGGAUUGAUCAUUACCGUGAUGAUGUUGAUGCUGAUUGCGCAACCGUUGUUCGGUUUGCCCGAAAUUAUGCGUAAAAAGAGUACCGAAGGAUUGCCUUUUGCGAUGAUUUUGUCUGGUACCGUGGUCGGUUCCAUGUGGCUGCUGUAUGGCAUCAUCCUCAACAAUACGUUUGUGGUUUUACAAAACUUAGCAGGCGUAUCGCUGAGUGCCAUUCAAUUGGCAUUGUUUGUGAUAUACCCUUCGAAAGACUCGAAGAAGAAGAAGAAGCAGUGAUUUUAUUAUCGUUUUAUUCGCAGUAUUAGCAUAAUAUAGGCAAUAACGUUGUCAUCUUUCUACAAUUUUACGCUAUGGGGUAAACGUAUCUUUAUUCAUCCCUUUCUGGCAAUUUUCAACUUACUGGAUAGAGUCUAAUUUACUCUCCUUACAGUACAUAACUCAAAUGAUCGGAUAAAAUCUCGACUAAAAUUCGUGCUUCCUUGAACUACAAGCCUAUCUCAUACUUGUCACAUCAAUAUUAAUCUCACUGCAAAAACUUUAAAAUUAAUUUCAGAUUAUUUUAGAUCAAAUAAAAAUUACAAAAAAAGAGGUUAAAAUAAGCAGGUACGUUUGCCCAAAAUUUAUUAGAAAUAGGAGAUAGCAAAUUUAGUAGACGAACUGUGAAACUGUGGUGCUUCAACAGGCACCUGUGAUGAUCAGCUAUUGAUCAUAACUCUUCCACUUGUAGACGCUGUAUUAAAAUUCAUACAAAAUAAAAUCAAAUAAAAAGAAAAAAAACAAAUAAUU